AUGAACCUUAAGGAGACAGAGCUCUCGCUUGGCCUCCCCGGAGGCGCACAAGCUGUGGAGACUCCGACCAAGUCGAGUGUGGGGAACAAGAGAGGCUUCUCUGAGACCGUUGAUCUCAAAUUUAGUCUUCACUCUAACAAACAAGGACCUGUGGAGGAGAAGAUUCUGCUCAAAGACCCUGCUAAGCCUCCUACUAAAGCACAAGUGGUAGGUUGGCCACCUGUGAGGAACUACCGGAAAAAUGUUAUGGCUCAACCGAAGAGCAGCGAAGGGGAGGAGGCAUCUAGCGGCGGUGGAGGAGGAGGAAUUGUCGGCUUUGUGAAGGUUUCCAUGGAUGGAGCUCCUUAUCUUCGAAAGGUUGACCUCAAGAUGUACAAAAGCUACAAGGAUCUUUCUGAUGCCUUGACCAAAAUGCUCAGCUCCUUUACUAUGGGGAGUUAUGGAGCACAAGGGAUGAUAAAUUUUAUGAACGAGAGUAAAGUGAUGGAUCUGUUGAACAGUUCUGAGUAUGUUCCAAGCUACGAGGAUAAAGAUGGUGACUGGAUGCUCGUUGGCGAUGUCCCCUGGCCGAUGUUUAUCGAGUCAUGCAAACGUUUGCGCAUUAUGAAAGGAUCCGAAGCUAUAGGACUUGCUCCAAGAGCAAUGGAGAAGUGCAAGAACAGAUCCUGA